AUGGAAGCUAGUCGAGAGGAAAGGAGUGUGCAAGAAAUCGCACUGAAUAAUCCGAUUAUUUUAAAGGAAAUAUUCAAAUGUGCAUCAACUCCAUUGAAAAGUUGUCGACUGGUUUGCCAAUUUUGGAACAAUAUUGUCCUCUCCCUUCCAAAUACAAGACUUGCCUCAAAGCUGGCCCAUAACGACAAAGAUGAUUCCGACGACGAUUCUCAAGCCGUCCAAUAUUUCAGCCUAUGUCGCGCAUUGGAUGGCCGACUGGCGAAACGGAUUAGCGCCAACAGUGACAUCGUUUCCUUUGGCUGGAAGCUGAUGUACAUUUGCGACAAGUUCAAUGACCGGGUGCAAAUUUUGGAGCUAUGCUUACGCAAAGAAAAUUCCCUAAAGCUUGUCUGUCCAGUUUUAAGAAAUUGUUGCCCCAAUUUGAAACAAUUGCGAAUUGUAGGCAAAUUUAUCGCCAAGGAUCUGGAUCUUUUUCCACCGGGAGAAGAACAAAUUCUGCCAGUAAAACCAAAUUUGACCUUGUUCGCCCUCACUUGCUGGAAUUUCCGCCCGGAAAUUAAGUUUAGCACGACUCUUGCCAAUUUAAUUGAUUUGGUGGUCAACGCCUCGCCAAAUUUAAGCGAGGUCACCAUUCCGUGGGGAUUCUACCCAGAUUUGUCAAAUUCCAAGAGUCUGGUAUCCUUAAACAUCGCGCUGGAUGAGGUCGACCCAAUUAAAAUUGAAGACAUCCAGAACGUUUCAAAACUGUCGGGAAUGUUGCAUCAAGUCAAUGGCCAACUGGUCAACCUGACUAUUGGGACUGUUCAAGGCGCUUUUCUACUAUUACCGUCGACGCACUACCGUUUUGAAAACAGACCUCAAAUCGGAUUCCACUUGACGAGAAGGAUGCCCAAGUUACGAAAGUUUUCCAACCGUAUCGUCGAAAUGUUUCGGUGUGCCGACUUUUUCCAGAAUAUCGAAAUGAUGCCCUUCCUGGAAACUUUGGUGAUUGGAAGACAACUGGAAAAGCGUGGCGUGGAUGAAAUUUUGCAGGGAAUUUGUAAAGCGAAAAUGGUUUUGCCUAGUGUAAGGAACUUGGAGGUUGUUGAGUUAUUCAAUUCCAGAUUACUGGACAGGGUGGCGACUGCGUUUCCGAACGUUGAGAGGUUCGAGAUGGUUCGCAUGUUGGCGAGGGAGGUCGAGGGGGAAGUGAGGAGAUUGGAGGUGGCCGUCGUGCUAGAAGCGUUUCGGGGUUGGAAGAGAUUAAAACAUUUGAAAUUGACCUUGUCCGAGUUUCCUGUGCAAAUGGGGGAAUUUAUCUGGGGGCUUUUGCGAGGCGAGGAAUUGUUUCGACGGCUUUCAACGUUAGAAAUUAAGAUGCGUCGCUGGGAUGAGAAUUACGAGACCCGAGAUUUUUCUGAGGACGAGAUGUCUCUGUUUAAGCAAGCGCUUCUCGUGAUGGAUAAGAUGGACCGAGUCACGAUUGCCGGACUUGAUUUAAGCACAGAAUCUAGGAAUAAUAUAAUGGAUUUCGUAGCGUCGCAUAAAAUAUCUGCGUCCAAAUUUAGAAUGAUGGGAGGGGAAUUCCUGUAGUAAUUAAGUACGUUUAAAUUAAUUAAUAUGUACUCAUUUUUUGGGUAGGUCAAACAUGUAAAUAAAAUUUUGUGAAAUGACGAAAUAUUGCAUUUUCGAUAGAAUACAGAGCGUGUUUCAAGAUACAAAACUCAGUUUAGUUUUUGAGAUAAUAAGUGUUAGAGACACCUGGAAUUAUUGAAAUUUGCAUAUGUUGUACCAGAUA